AAUUUUAUUGUUGUACUGAAUUUAAACUCCGGCCAGGAGCAUUAAACUCGAGCGCGGUUCGUCAUGUGGGCGGCUGUGAGGGCUCGUUCCCUUCCAUCUCUUUCGUCACCUUCGAAUAUUCUCGUUCCCCCGCCAUGGAAGCUAGGGUUUUUAGGGUUUUUGGAACGUACUCUCUAUUCGACUGCUCUCGACAACAGCGGCGGUGGCGGCGGCAGCUGCAGCAGCCAGUCGAAGUUUUUGGAUCUACAGGAAGUUAAGAAGGUCCUGACCGACGUCAAAGCAGACAAUGUCGAAGUGAUCCCAGUCCGAGGCCGUUGCGAUUGGACUGAUUAUAUGGUAUUCGCCACCGGUCGAUCUCCGUGGCACGUCAGAAACAUCGCCGAGGCCCUGAUUUACCAGACUAAGAAGAAACUGAGAGUAGCUGAGCAGUUAUCGCUGCCCAUAGAUGAAGAGCAAAAAGCAGGACAAUCCAUCGGCAUUGGUUCUGGUGUACAAGCUCACGUUAGCACAGUUGACCAACCAAGGUUUGAAGUAGCUCAAAAAGUAGAGGCUCCUGUUGCUGUUGCCACUGAAGCCUCCAGGGACAAUGGUAUGUCAGUUGCAUUAGCCUCAGGGAAAGCUGCUCAUAAGAAAAUGCAGAAAAAGCUUAAAAAGCUGAAACAGGUGGCAGCUGGGAGAUUGUUGUUGCCUAGUGUGGAAGGGCUAGAGGGAGGAAAGUGGGUUGUCAUUGAUUCUGGGUCGAUAAUAGUUCACGCUCUUGAUGAGAAUGCUAGAGCUUAUUACAGAUUGGAAAGACUUUGGACGACUAAAAUGUCUCACAAUGAACUUCCCACUGAGGAAUUGGGAAAAGCUUUUGUCAAGGUGCGUCCCAAGAACAACUCCAAAAAACGGCCGCAAACACCUGCAUGAUUGUCUGAUCUUUCAGCUGGCGAGAUGAAAUCCUUAACACUCCAGAUUGGUUACAGAGUCAAUAUUUGUGAUUGGAGUUUGUGGCUUUGUGCAGCAGUUCUGUGAUGUUUAGUGAUUUGGAUUGCCCCAUGAAGUUCUUUUGAUAAAAAUCUUCUUGUAAUGUUCGAGGAAGCAAGUCAUGACAACAUUGAUUUUUUUUUUUUUUUUGGCUUAAUGCCCAAGCUUAUUAAUUGUUAGAUCUCAAGUAAGAUAAUAGUUGGAGUUGAAGGAACGAACUAAGUUGUUCAUGAGUGGUUUGGAAGUUCUGCUUGAUAAGAGCUCGUUUAUAUUUGCUUAUUAUGCAAACGAAUAAUUUUCAAAUUCAAUUUUAUGGCUCGUUUGACAAAUGAGCGGAGCUUGAACA